ACUUGGCAAUCACUAUUUUAGUUCCAAACCCAUUGGUACACAGCUAUCCCUCUGGUAACUAUCAGUACCAAGUAGUUUGUCAAAAAAUGGCUUUUGAAAAAAUCCUUGUGAUGAUUGCCAUAUUCACCAUCUUGGGGACCUUGGCAUCCCAAGCCACAUCUCGCGCAUUGUACAAAGCUUCCAUUGCUGAGAAACAUGAGCAAUGGAUGGCCGAGUAUGGGCGUGUCUACCCGGACAGCACAGAGAAGGAAAGACGUUUUACCAUAUUCAAGAAGAAUGUAGAGUUUGUGGAGAAAUUCAACAAUGACAGGGAAAAGACGUACAAGUUAAGCGUCAAUCAGUUCUCUGAUAUGACCAAUGAAGAAUUCCUCAGACAUCAUACUGGAUACAAAACGCCUGCCGGCACCAGUUUAACAUCCUCAUCCGAAGAUAAGUCCUUUAUAUACCGAAGCCUGUCCAUUGAUGAUAUUCCAGCUAGCCUUGACUGGAGCGAACAAGGAGCCGUCACCUCUAUUAAGGAUCAAGGUUCAUGUAAUGUUUGCUGGGCAUUUGCUGCGGCGGCAGCCGUGGAAGGGAUUACGAAAAUCAAAACCGGCCAAUUGGUCUCGCUGUCUGAGCAACAACUUUUGGAGUGUGACCGUAACAUCGGCUGCGAUAGCGGUGACAUCCGAUCAGCUUUUGAAUACAUAAAGACAAAUGGAGGAAUUGCUAGUGAAGAAAAGUACCCAUACCUGAGCACUCCUGACAUGUUAACGGUCCAAGAAUGCGACACUCGAAAGGAAACUAUGCAAGCUGCCCGGAUAACUGGUUAUGAAAAUGUAACACCCAACAAUCAAAAUGCUCUACUCAAGGCUGUUUCCAUGCAACCAGUCGCGACUGCCAUCGACAGUCAUGGAAUGGAAUUUCGGUCAUACGGAGGUGGAGUGUUUAAAGGUCCUUGCGGUCAGACACUGAACCAUGCUGUCACAAUUAUUGGGUACGGGACAGACAACGGCACCAACUACUGGCUAAUUAAGAAUUCAUGGGGGGACAAGUGGGGUGAAAAGGGCUACAUGAGAAUUCUUAGAACUGAAACUAACGGUGCAGGUCUUUGUGGCCUUGCUAUGUAUGCUUCCUAUCCGAUUGUGUGACUAUAUCAAACUAGUACUAUGAAAGUAUAUUUCUUAUGUGUAA